AUGUUAGAUGGCAAGUUUAAAAUGUUUCUUGCAAUGUUCAUACUUUUUGCUGCGUUUGGGAAACCAGCUUUAGCCAUUAAAAAGUCUUACAUUGUGUACAUGGGAGGGCACUCUCAUGGACCUGAAUUUACUGAUUCUGAUCUUGCUGCUGUGAUCGAUUCGCACACGGACUUGCUUGCUUCAUUCUUGGGAAGUCAUGAAAAAGCUAACGAUGCAAUGAUCCACUUGUACACGAGAUACGUUAAUGGCUUUGCUGCAAUCCUCGAAGAGGAAGAGGCUGCAAAGAUUGCUGAUCACCCUGACGUCGUCUCUGUAUUCCCCGACCAAGGGAAGAAGCUGCACACAACGUAUUCGUGGGACUUCCUCGUGCUUGAAAAGAAUGGAAGGAUACCGUCUGCUUCGAUAUGGAACAAGGCCAGAUUUGGGGAAGAUACCAUCAUAGCAAACAUGGAUACUGGUGUUUGGCCUGAAUCAGCGAGCUUUAGUGGCAAUGGAUAUGGCCCCAUUCCUGCAAAGUGGAAUGGAAUCUGUGACUUAAAUGAUAAAACAGGGCGAUCCCUUUGCAACAGGAAACUGAUCGGGGCGAGGUACUUCAACAAAGGAUAUGCUGCUUACGUAAAACAGUACGGUAUAUCGAUGAAUGCGACACACAACACACCGCGGGACAUGGAAGGCCACGGCACCCACACAUUAUCCACUGCUGGCGGGAACUUUGUCCCUGGAGCGAGUGUUUUUGGCGUAGGAGUUGGCACGUCGAAAGGGGGUUCUCCGAGAGCCCGUGUCGCUGCUUACAGAGUAUGCUUCCCUGAAGUGAAGGACGGCGAAUGCUUCGAUUCUGACAUCCUGCAGGGCCUCGAGACAGCCAUACACGAUGGUGUGGAUGUGAUAUCGAUGUCCUUGGGUGGAGAUCCAGCCGAUUACUUUGCCGAUGGCAUUGCCAUCGGCACCUUCCAUGCUGUCAAGAAUGGGAGAGUUGUUGUAGCUUCUGCGGGUAACUCGGGACCAAGUUCAGGGACAGUUUCUAAUGUUGCGCCGUGGAUCAUAACCGUUGGAGCGAGCACCAUUGAUCGCGUGUUCAAGGCUAAUGUUAAAUUGGCUACUGGUUUAGUCCUUGAGGGGACGAGCCUUUCGAAAUCAAUGGCGCAGGAUGGAAUGCAUACCUUAAUCAGUGGUGCUGAUGCUGCAACUGAUAAUGUAUCCCUACAUGAUGCGAUACUCUGCAAAGGUAAUACAUUAGAUCCUGCGAAGGCUCGGGGGAAGAUUGUGGUGUGUUUAAGGGGAGACAAUGCAAGAGUGGAGAAAGGAGAGGAGUGUCAUCGCGCCGGCGCUGCUGGAAUGAUUCUCUGCAAUGAUAAGACCAGCGGUAACGACAUUAUCUCCGAUCCUCACACUCUUCCUGCAUCUCAUGUCAAUUACACAGACGGCCAGAUUAUCUUCCACUACGUGAAUUACACAGCGAAUCCGAGAGGGAUACUUACGCCGCCGGAAGGCGUGGUCGGAGUUAAGCCAGCUCCAUUCAUGGCGGGCUUUUCAUCCAGGGGUCCAAAUAAAGUUACUCCAGAGAUUCUUAAGCCUGAUAUUACAGCUCCAGGAGUAAACAUCAUCGCUUCUUACUCCGAAGCAAUCAGCCCUAGUGAGAUGCCGUUCGAUCACCGGAGAACUCCUUUCGACGUCAUGUCGGGCACCUCAAUGUCGUGCCCCCACGUUUCCGGCGUGGUCGGCCUGCUUAAAAGCCUCUACCCGGAGUGGAGCCCCGGCGCAAUCCGAUCUGCACUCAUGACAACCUCAAGAACAAGAGACAACACGGGGCACCCGAUGCUGGACGCUGACUACAAGGAUGCGACGCCGUUCGCGUACGGCUCCGGCCAUAUCCGCCCCAACCGCGCCAUGGAUCCUGGCUUGGUCUACGACGUCACCGUCGACGAUUACUUGGAUUUCCUCUGCGGCGUGGGGUACAACGAGACUUCGAUCAGCCUAUUCUCAGGAACAUCCCACAAUUGCCCCGCCAAUUACAGUGUCUUGAACUUCAACAAUCCUUCAAUCACAGUCCCGAAGCUCUCCGGAUCGGUCACCGUGAAAAGGACCCUGACGAACGUCGGCGACCCUGGAAAGUAUGCAGCUCGCGUUCGGUCCCCAUCUGGAUACAGAGUCUCUGUCGACCCAUCCAUUUUGCAGUUUGACACAAUUGGGGAAGAGAAAUCCUUUACAGUGACGAUCACAGCCUCGGGCAGCGCUAAAGCGGGAUCGUAUCAAACAGGGCAUUUGACAUGGACGGAUGGAAGCCACUAUGUUAGGAGUCCCGUGUUAGUAGCCAGUCAUUGAAGGUUGAAGACGAUGAUCGAUCGACGACAAUUGUAGAUUAGGUUAGAAGUUUUUGGUUUUCAUCUAUGAUCUUGCAUUCGAUUCUCUCUCACGAUUCUAUAUUUGGGUGAUGGAGUUUUUCGGGUAAAUAAGGGUUAAAAAGUGGAUCUUUUUUACCAAAUU